AUGGCUGUUGCGAAAUAUAACGGUGCCGUCUGGGACCUUUCCGAAGUGACGAGCUUUGAGAGCCUGGUUCACAAAUCAGUCAUCAUUACAGGAAGCGCAGGCGGACUGGGCAAGGCAUACGCUGAGGCCUUUGUUAAAGCUGGAUCAUUCGUCACCAUUGCCGACUAUGACGAGAAAACUGGCAAAGAAACCGCUGCCCAGUUGGGAAGCAAUGCACAGUUUGUGAAAUGUGAUGUACGGCGCUGGGAUGAUCAAGUCGCCGUUUUCGAAGCUGCAGUCACCAACUCACCGGAUAAGAGCUGCGACAUCGUCAUUUCAAAUGCAGGCAUCAUAGUACCAGACGAUAUGUUCAAGUUCGAUGACCCAUCCCAACAACCUAUUAAACCAGAUUUGAGAACUCUUGAAGUCAACCUUCUCGGCACAGCUUACACUAUCAAGCUGGCCAUUCAUUAUUUCAGGCGUCAAUCUUUGGACGGCGCACGAGAUCGUUGCUUGAUUCUGAAAUCGAGCCUUUCUGGCUACGUUGACCAGCCAGGAGCCCCUCAAUACAACGCUUCUAAAUGGGGGGUACGGGGAUUUUUAAGAAGCUACAGAAGGGUCUUGCACAAUGAGAACAUCCGAGUCAAUCUAGUUGCCCCAUGGUACGUCCGAACCCCCAUUCUGUCCGACGCCACCGUCGAGUUCUUGCAGUCAAAGGGUGUCAACUUUGCGACCAUGGAUGACGCCGCUUCAACCAUGCUGAGGAUUGCCGCAAUGAAAGAAGUCAAUGGCAGAGCCUUUGGAAUUGUCCCCAAAGAAAUGGCAAGUUUGGGAUGUUUGGACUUGGAGCAUGAUGAUUACCAGGAAGGCGACUUCAUGAAAGGAUGGCAGGAGACAGUGUUAGAGACCGCCCAGGCAGUAGUUGACCUUGCUUGA